AUGCUCCUGGCUUGUUGGCAGUCCAUCCCAUUCCAGACGAGGCACUGCCAACUGCCCAAUGCCCCGAUUGAUCUAACCGGGGACCGCGAUGCGGAUGGGGAAUUCGAGGCAGCUGUUGGGGGCGAUGUGUUCCUGGAUGCUCAGGAGGAAUUUCCGGCCUCGAACCCUGAAGUCGGGGUCGAGGGAAAUGUGGCUGAGGGCGGAAUUUCGAGGGGCGGAAUUCCGAGGGGGGUGUUCAUUAAUCUCGCGGACGAUGACGAGGACCCCCACCGAGCGUUGUUUGAGGAGAAUUGGGAGGAAAAUGCUAGCCGAAGCCCAACCUCUGAAGAUAAUGCCACCAGUCGAAGUCUUUUUGUGGAACCGGCGCGUGGCAAUGUGAACGGCCCAGAAUCAGAGGCAUCGCCCCAUGGAAGUGCACAUGGUGUCGGAUCGUCGGCUGCGCCCGCGGGAAAUGCUGAGGGACAAGAACCACAGGCUGCGCCACAGGGAAAUGCGGAGGGGCAAGCAUCGCAGGCCGCGCCUCAGAGAAAUGCAGAUGGGCCAGCAUCAGCUACGCACGAGUCAGUUCGAAAACAGGCCGACGUGGCCAGCAGGAUUCGCCGCGCAAAGGUCCCCUACGAUUAUCUCGCGGCGAAAACCAGAAAAGACUACAUCCUGUAUUGGCUGCACUACAAGUGGUGGGUCAUCAUGUUCAUGUCAACGCUGCCCAAGACUGAGGUUCCGGCGGAGGAGCGUCUGGACCCGCUGAAUCCUGACGAGGUUGGAAGCCAUCUGGGGAACGACAAAAAGUCGGAGUGGUCAACUGUGGAUUUGGAUGAAGUUUAUCUCCACGGGCCCCGUGUUACUGGAUGGAGGAUUCAGAGGUUCCUGCGGUACAUGGCAGAGGAAACCCCCGCGCAGGCCGAGAUGAUGCGGAGAGGCGAAGAAGUGGUGGCUGGAAAGGAGCCCAUCCCUAGUACGCCGAGCAUGAUGAAGGCAAAGAUGAGCGCUUUGGGCUUCCUGGGCAGACUUGAAGCUCGACUCUACGACUACCCGAAGGCCCAAGCAGAUGAGUACAUCGGCGAAUCGCGGGAGUACAUGAAGCUCAAGCUGAAACAGCUGCACGACAAGCAGGUUGCGGAGGGCAAGGAUCAGCACCGAAACUCUCUGGACGAUUGCUACACGUCGGAGCAGUACGCGGACCUGCACGAGAAGCACUUUCUGAGGGAGAUCAAAGAGUGCUACCAGAGAGCCAGGGUUGCACUAUCAGAAAGUCUCUGGCGGUGUUUUGCGGUGCAGGUGAUGAUUCAACUCGCACACCAAAUGUUGGGGAGGGGAUGCAGCAUUCGUGCUCUUCGAUUCGCCAACAUGUUUGUCCGCCACACGCGUAGCAGCACGGCCGUCCCCGACCGCCAGAAGGAUCUCCCUGUGGUGGUUUUCGAAUCUCGAAAGUCCAAGACGAAUGCGACCAACAGGCUGACCCACCAAUUCUUGGCCCGGCACGUCAACUUCGCGCUCUGCGGUGUUGGUGGUCUUUUUCUGUGGAUUCAUUUCGUCUACGACCUCGUGCCACUGCGAUUCGGAGCGGACAUCAUUCCGCCACUGGACUUCAGCGACCCCCUUCAGUGGUCUAAGAAGCACAUUUUCUUCCCAUUGAGGCACGGAAGGGAACAACUGCAGGAAGAGCUUCCGUACGUGACUCACAACAACUGGAUUAAUUGGGUCAUGAACGACGUAGCGCGACCGCCCUGGCGGAUUAGCAAAAAGACCCAUGCGUUUCGCCGAUCGGGAGCCCAAGGCCUGAGUGACGAUCGCUGUCCCGACCCCGACAUCAACGCUCUCGGCGGCUGGGAGCAGGGCGAGAUGCGAAAAUCCUAUGUCGUGGGCGUUCCGUUUUGGCCGGUCUUGAUGAUGGCCGGAUUCAGUGGGGAGCCGGGAGAUUACUACAUCGGCAUAGCGCACGCUAAACUCGACAACGACACCGAGUGGAUACAGUUGCAAGACCUCUUCAAGCUGUUCAUCUUCCCGCGCCUCGAAUCUGAUUUGGCAAAGGCAGAGCUGAAUGUCUUCUCUGUCCUACUAUCUCAGGUCGAUAAGUACAACCGCGAGAAUCCGGAUAAGCCGCACCACUCUGGCAGAAGUUUUUUGGAGGCUCUUGCAAACCCUGGGCGAGACAUCGUGGCACAGGACCUUGCCAUGUGGUGGUUCUACUGCCCCAAUCACGACCAUCUCUUCGACGGUACAAGACGGCCAUGCCAGUGCCCGCGCCACCCGUACACGGACAUGAAUCCGCUCUGCCGCCACCAUCUCUUCCAGAAAUGGGCCAUCAAAGUGGCAAUCAUGCACAAGGCUGGCAUUGAACUUCGUGAAGCCAGAGGCACCUCUGCAGCCGCUGAUGCGAUCUACAAGCUGAACUCAUCUCGAAAGUACCAGAAGAUCCUCGUAGAGAACAACCUGUGGCGGACGGAAUGUGGUCAGAAGGAUCACGAGAUUGGCGUGCUGAAGAACAGGCUCGCUGAAACCGAAGAGAGGGAGAAGAAGACGGCCGCUGAAAACAAGCAGCUCAAAGAGGAGCUGGCUGCUCUAAAGGCGCGUGCAGAGAGCAGCACGAACGCACAGGCUGCUGAUCGAGGGUCGGGCUCGUCGGCAAAGGAGGAAGCUGGUGGGGAGGCUCCGAAGCCUGGGAAGGCACAAGCUAGCACUCCAGUGCGGGCAUUUUUCGACCUUGUCGUUAAACCCUGGCGGGACUCGGAGUCGGUCGCAAAGGCAUGGGAGCACUGGGUGAAUGUGACCUUUUUUAUGGAAGGGAAGACUCUCCGCCAGCUGUCGUCCGAAAAAAGUUUCUACCCCACUUUCUCGUACAUUGAGAAGGGUGUGAAGGACGAUACUGGCGACAAAAAAAUGAAGCGGAUGAGGAACGUGAUGCUCGCGGUCGAGAAAUACAGGGCUAACAAAACGGAGGAGGCCACCCGAGAUGCCAUUGCGAAGAUCGAGAAGGACGUGGUGGGUCGGAGUUCGAUCAGCGCACUGGCGGAUGGGCUGAUUCUCGGAAACGAGCCACCUCCGAAGAGGGAUAAUCCCGGCAAGGAUAAGACGACGGAGAACAAGCGCCGCAAGGUCGGGUACCUCCUCUUCGCCGCCCAGUUGGUGGGUGACGGGUGGGGAGAGAAGAUGUUUGGGGAAGAUGUUUGGAAGGAGAUCAAGAUCGAGGAGCCAAAGAAGCUGGCGAAACUGAAGAAAAUGGUUCGCGAACAAGCAACGGCGGCCCACGCGGGACACCAUGCGGACAGCGCUGCCGAUACCGGUGCGGGCCCAACGGAACCCCCACCCGCGAGUACGACACCUGCUGCCGAUACCGCGGCUGUUGAUACCGAGGUUGCGGGAGAUUCUUCCGCGGGAGCAAACAUUGAGGUCGGUGCCGCAGACAAAGGCAAAGAACUUUCCGAGGGAACAGUGGGGAAGGCCCUCGCUGCAGACUUCGCGGAAAAGGCCAGUGCACCCCGCGUACAGGAAUUGAGAACGGAGGCGGCCGGGCGACCUUCUGGCAGUGAUGAUGUCGGAAAGGGGCCGCGCAAGAGCGGCAACCGAUCAUUCGAGGAGCUGUCUGCAUUGCCUCACCUCACGCUUGUGCACGAGGUAAUGCGUCUCGAGGCCGCCGUCCGUCGUGGGAAGGAGAUGGCCAAGACGCAGGUAAGGCUGUUGGCACAGCAGCGGGAGAAGUUGUCGGAGUUGAUGGGUUGGGUGUCGGAGAACCAAGAGGCGUUUGAGCGCGGGAUGGUAACCAUGAGCCGCAUCGAGGCCCGCCUCGAGGAAUCUGAUAAGCGCGGCCGCGCGGAUGUUGCUGACGCGGUCCAGGAGAUUCGUGUGGAGAGGGCGAAUGCCACGUCGCAAAGGGAGACGGCCGAGCGCACACUUGCACGUGUUGAGGGGACUGUGGUAGAUCCGAAAACCCUUGUCACUUCCGCGAUCAACGAUAUCGCUGAGCGGACGCGCACGGAGGUUUGGCGCAAGCUUGUCGGCCUUGAAGACUCGGUGGCGCGAGCGGCGGAGCGUGGUGCGGGCGCGGGGGCUAUGAUCCUGAGAGCAGUGAUGGCGAACAUCGGGGGUAACGCUGGAUCGUGGGGCGACCCCAUGCAUUCCGCGGAUCGAGAUCCCAAACUCGGAGCUGGUGCAGCGGGUGACGCGAGCCUGCCGCUGACGCUUGUGGGUGGUGUUGAGCCAGUGCGUCAUGACAAGCGCUCGGUUCCGCCUGUUGCUGAAGGCGAGGCUUCCAACCGCGCGAAGAAAGCGAAGAGUGCUGCUGGUUUAUCUCCUGCUGGCCCGAAAGAUGCCGCGCCUGCAGUGGUUGCUGUUGUUUCUGGCAGGCCGGGAAUCGCAGCGGAAGGCACGACUGAGGGCGUGGAAGAAUCUGUUGGCGAUGAGGACGCGGAGGCGAGGGAGGCGCGGAGGAAAUAUCAUGCGGCGUGGGCAGCGGCGAAAGGUGCUGGUCGUGGGGAUGAGGGUGGGGACUCUAAGAGUGCCGAGAUCAAGCAGACGCCGAUGGUCGGUGUCCGUUUUUUUCCAGGCCAAAAAAACCCCUUCGCGGUGGAGCUUCAUCAUGGUGGCGAGCGCUUCUAUCUCGGCACGUUUUCGCGUGCUGGGCCUGCGCGCUAUCUGUCCGCGGUGGCUCAGACCGUGUGGCACGACCGCGUGCAGAGGUCUGAGUUGGUGCUCACGGAACCGGAGGAGGUGGAAUGGAGCCUCGAUCUCGAUCUCGCCCGAAAGAUGACCGCGGGGCUUUACGCGGUGAUUUUUAUCCGCAAACUGGCCGCGAAUCACAAGAGAACUCGCGGAUUCUUGGACUCGAACGGGAAGCCUACGGUCGAGUCCGCGAUUUGUGCUGCUAUUGGCCUCGAAGCCGCGGAUGACGAAACAGCGGUGAAAGGGAAAGAUCAGAAGUCGCUUUACGCGGCCGCGUUGGCGUUCGGUUGUGCUGCCAUGUGGAGCUUCACCUCGGCAUACACUCGCUGGAACACGACGGGUGGUGCGCAAACGGCCUUUGAGGGGGUUACCGCGGAGCAUCGAUCCGCUGCGCUCCAGAGUGCCUCGGCCGCUGCAACGCUGUGUGGCGCGAGCGCGGAUGAUUUGUUUUGUUUGAAAGCUUGCUGGGCAGACGUGUACGCGACAAUCCGGAAACGCCCUGCUAAUCCGAUGCUUUCCGCGGCUACCGUUGAGAAGAGUGUGCUGAGUGGAUACGCGGCUACGGACAAGACAGUCCACGUUUGCGUGCCCCUGCUGGUCGAAGUAGUGGCCAAUUGGAACUACGAUGGAUCUGCGUGUCCGUCCUCAAAAGGCGUGGGCCUUUACCUGGACUGCGAGAAAGCCCGUCAGGCCGCCAAGAAGAGGGGGACGCGUGGGAAAGGCAAGAAAGGCGACGCGGGGGAGGUUGGGAGGAAGGGCGAGGAGCGCGAGCACGAUGACGAGGACGACGACGAAAACGAGCCGAUUAUGUUGGGCGGAUCCGAGAGCAACGAGGAGUUGGCCUGA